AUGGCGUCUGUUAAAGAACUGCUUGUGGACUCACUGAAGGAGCUUAUAGAAGCUGAAUUGAAGGAGUUUUAUUGGCGCUUAAAGAAUGCAUAUCAUAAGUGUAUAUCAAAGUCUGAAAUGGAAAAGGCAGAUAUAUUCGACACAGUGGAAAAGAUGGUGGAAUGUUUUGGACCAGAAGAAGCUGUGAAGAUCAUGGUGGAUAUCCUGAGAAAUAUGAAGCAGAAUGAUCUGGCUGAUCAGCUGGAGAAUGAACACAAGCAAGCUCAGACUGAGGGCAAUAUGAAGACAUCUGUCCCUGUUGGAGAACUGCAAAACUUCUUGAAAACUCACAAAAACAACAUGAUGAAGAAAGCAAAAUAUAUUUUUGAAGGCAACAAAGAAAACGACACAGAACUCAAAACUGUUUACACAGAACUGUUUAUCACAGAGGGAGAUAUGAAAGAUGUUAAUCAUGAACAUGAGAUUCUGAAGAUUGAUGAUGCUUUCAGGAACAAAAAAACACAGGACAAGCCAGUCAAAUGCAAUGAUAUAUUUACUGAACUGAGGAAAAACAAUGAGGAGAAGAUUGUGCUGACCAAGGGAGUCGCUGGCAUCGGAAAAACUGUCUCUGUGCACAAAUUCAUCCUGGACUGGGCAGAAGGAAACACCAAUCAGGAUAUAAACUGUGUGUUCCUGCUUCCAUUCAGAAAGAUCAACGUGAUUAAAGACAGAGAGGUCAGUCUCCAUGAGUUUCUGCUGAAAUUUUAUCCUGAACUGAAGGACCUGGAGAAAUCAAAGUUAUAUAAGCAAUGUAAGCUAGCAUUUAUAUUUGAUGGACUUGAUGAGAGUCGCCUGCCAUUGAACUUUAAAAGUGACACGAUGGACACUGUUGAGGAAAGAGCAUCUGUAGAUGUGCUGUUUACAAGUCUGGUCAAAGGUAAGCCCCUUCAGUCAGCUCUUGUGUGGGUGACAUCACGACCAGCAGCAGCCAAUCAGAUCCCUCCUCGGUACGUGGGUUUAUUCACAGAAGUGCGAGGAUUCACUGAUGAACAGAAGGAGGAGUACUUCAGAAAGAGAAUCACAGAUGAGACUCAAGCCUCCAGAAUCAUCUUACACAUUAAGACAUCUCGUAGUCUCCAUAUCAUGUGCCACAUUCCUGUGUUCUGCUGGAUCACAGCAACAGUACUUCAGGAUAUUCUCAUCAAGAACAAUACAUUGAACAUAAGCACAACGCUCACUGAAAUGUACAUUCACUUCCUGCGGAUACAGAUGAACAUGAAGAGCCAGAAGUAUGAUGAUCAAGAAGCAAGUGAAUGUACAGAGCACUUAAAAGUAAACAGGGAGGUGAUUUUGAAGUUAGCCAAGCUAGCGUUUGAACAGCUGAAGAAGGAAAACAUAGUGUUCUAUGAGAAAGAUCUGAAAGAAUGUGGUAUUGAUGUGAGUAAAGACACUGAGUUCACAGGAAUGAUCGCUGAGAUCUUUAAGAUGGAAGAUGGACUUUAUAAGACAAAGGUCUUCAGCUUUGUGCAUCUGAGUGUUCAAGAGUUCCUUGCUGCAGUGCAUGUGUUUAUCUGCUUCCUGAACAAGAACAUGCGAGAGCUUUGGUUUUUCUUUGAAGAUUCACAAAAUACAUUCCGACAAAAGCUUCAGUUCUUCUUUAGAAAUGUCAAAUUUCAUGACUUAACAAAGAGAGCCACUGAUAAAGCCAUGCAGAGUAAGAGAGGACAUCUGGACCUGUUUCUGCGAUUUCUGAUGGGCAUUUCACUGGAAUCCAGUCAGAAACUGCUCAAAGGCCUGAUCACACACACUAAAGACACCAGUAUGAGCAUCAGACAAACAACUGAACACAUUAAAGAGUUACAAAAACAGAACAUCUCAGAUGAAACUUCAGUCAAUUUAUUCUACUGCUUACAUGAGCUGAAAGAUAAUUCAUUAUAUGAGGAAAUCCAGAGUUACCUCAGUGCAGAUGCACAUCCAGGAAGAGACCUCUCAUCUUCAGUGUGCACAGUGCUCACCUUAGUAUUGCUGAUGUCAGAGAAAGUGCUGGAUCAGUUCAGUCCAAAGAGGUUCACUUCAUCUUCAAACUACAAGAGACUUGUUCCAGCUGUGAGAUGCUGCAGAAAAGCAUUAUUUGACAGCUGUGGUCUUGAUGAAACAUGCUGUGAAACUGUGUCUUCUGCUCUACAAUCAUCAAACUCUCAUCUGACAGAGCUGGACCUGAGUAGCAAUCACCUGCAGGAUUCAGGAGUAAAGCUGCUUUCUGAUGGACUGAAGAGUUCACACUGUCAACUGAAAAUACUGAGGCUAUUUGGAUGUAAUCUCACUGCUCAGUCCUGUGACAGUUUAUCUUCAGCUCUAAAAUCCUCAAAUUCCCUUCUAAAUGUGCUGGACCUGAGUAACAAUGAUCUGCAGGAUUCAGGAGUGAAGCUGCUUUCAGAAUGUCUGAAGAGUCCAAACUCUAAACUGGAGAUAUUGAGAUUCUCCAUCUGUAACCUGACUGCUCAGUCUUGUGGGAGUUUGUCAUCAGCUCUACAAUCCUCACACUCUGUCCUGAGAGAGCUGGACCUGAGUAACAAUGACCUACAGGAUUCAGGAGUGGAGCUGCUUUCUGAAGGUCUGAAGAGUCCAAACUCUAAGCUGGAGAUACUGAGGUAA